GCUCCAUGUUGAACCAAAGACAUGUCGGCUGCUGCUCGUGCGUUUCACUCCUUGCGAGCGACCUGAAACGACAAUGGGGAGGUUGCAUUUUUAUGUCCUUUGGUCCCUGCGUGACGCCCCCCGCCAGUUCAUCAGCAAGUCCAACCGGAGCGUCUUCCAAGUCCACAUCCCGCUGCCUCUCCCCAAACACCUGGUCAUCUUCGGCCUCGGAGAAUGGGAAUGCAGCGAGAACCCAAUCUCCGUGGACGUCCUGGUCAGUGCAGAGCUACUGGCCCAGAGAAUCGGGACUCUCUCGGCUCAAGCGAGGUGCUUGACCUGGGAGGGCGAGUGGAGCCCUGACGUGGUCGCAGUGGCGGCGGAGAAAGGCAGGAGAGGAGUUUAUGGCAAGAUUAUUCUCACAGUGUGCGGGGAGACUUGUGACCAUCAACCGAAUGAAGUCAGCGUCUUCAGCAGCACACCUCUGGUUCAGAGGAAGGGCGUGUUCGGAGAGCAGCGGGAUGCCACCGAUCUCUCUUCCGUGUUGCAUCAAAGCGGCGGAAAUGAAACGAAAACCCCCAACUCGUCCCACUUUGGUGAUAGUGUUUGCGACGCGGACAUCCAAGUGGAUAAAAUUGACACCAGCGAUCCCACCAUGGGGAAGAAAACCCCAGUCUGGCCUACGGAUAAGACGCCCAGACGGACUGUUAUCAGCAAGAGAGGCCGCCUGACGUGGAGCUCCGAGGACGUGGACGAGGCCUCAAACUCCAAGAAGAUGAGGGUGUCCAGAAUCAACAGCCAAGAAGAAAUGACCGUGCAGAUAAAGAGAGAAAACCGAGACGUUUCAGCAUGCCCGUCGAGGCGCUGGAGCCAUACGAUGUGUCUGAGUGACCCCGACACCGCCAUCCUCAUCGGAGGGGAGACGGCGGAUCAGAACUACUGCGAGGACUCUCUGUGGAAGCUCGAGUUGGACAACGACUUCUGGUUCCCAAUGAACUCUUCUGUCUCUGGACCCGUGCCUCGGUGUGCCCGGGGACACUCUGCGACCUACGACCCCGGCUCGAAGUCGCUCUUUGUGUACGGCGGCCUGAGGGAGGGCCAGCGCUACAGCGAGCUGUACGUCCUAAAUACCCUGACCUGGAAGUGGAAGCUUAUUACUGCAAAAGGAAAUGUUCCAAAUGUGGCGUAUCACUCCGCUGCCUUUUAUAAGAAAGAGCUUUUUGUCUUUGGUGGAGUUCAGCCAAGUCACGCUUCGGUGGAUAAAUCCUGCAGUAAUGCUCUGUACAUCUUCAGCCCAGAGUUUGAACUCUGGUACCAGCCGAUUGUGGAAGGGGACAAACCGCUGCCUCGGUUUGGCCACUCGGCCACGCUGGUGUCACAGAAGUUGAUCAUAUUUGGUGGACGGAAGACUGCAACCUACCUUAAUGACCUGCAUGUUCUGGAUUUGGGAUUCAUGGAAUACACAGCUGUGAAGAGUGGGAACAUGCCACCGCUGCCUCGAGGGUUUCACGCUGCUCUCCCGGUUUCAGACAACAGGAUUUUAGUCAGUGGCGGUUGCAGCGCCAUCGGAGCCCUGCAGGAUGUACACGUUUUCAACACUGACACGAGCAUGUGGAGCGCGGUGGUUUCUCCUGCGCUUUGCUCAAAGCCUCGUGCAGGACACAGCAUGAUCACCUGGGGCCGCACCGUCCUGUCCGACGCAGAGAGGCAGGAAGGGGGUGAAAAUGUCAGCGUCCCGUUGCUAGUGUUUGGAGGCUCCGACUGCUCCGGUACCUUCUACAACGACACGGUCAAGUGCACAGUGGAGAUUCCUCCUGACAAGUGAUGAGCGGGAGGAUGCGUUCAGGACAAUUUUUUUUAGCUUAUUUUUUCUUUAAAUAGUUUAAUUAUGUGACCUUCCCUGACAGAAAUAACUUUAAAAUGUAUUUAGCAGUGUGGACUUUUUUUAAUUUUUAUUCCAUUCAAAUCUUUUUAUUAUGUUUCCAAAUCUCAGAUCUGAAUGUUUUCCACGUUACUCCAUGUCCUCUUCCUUUGUUCCCCAUUCGUGUACUUUAGGGUAAAUAAAAAUGUAAAUGUAAAAAGACAAUAAAUAUCUUUUAUUUUCA